AUGCAGUCGACGGAGGUCUAUUCGGAUUCGUCAUGUGAGUCUCCAGUAUCGGUGACCAUCACCUCGAGCGUAUCCUGUACGAGCUCGGACUGCAGGUCGGCCACUAUCGCCGGUAGCACAUUCUACACGGCUACAAGCUGUCCGUCGAAUAUUUACUCACACGCAGCAGAUGUCUACGAUGACACGGAUUAUUUGUUGGUCGACAUGUACAGCGGGGUGGAAUGCAACACAUACAUCGAAUCGGUAGCGUAUGUUGCCUCUGGAGAGUGCGAAGUCGCUGGCACCGACGACCAAAGUGUGAUUGCCACUUUGAACUCGAACGGGUCGGCACAGUUGACGUACUACCUGGACGACACGUGCACCCUCUCCGCACAAACCUCGUAUUCGAUUACAGAGGACGAAAUCACAAGCCACUCAUGUUCCUCGGGCAGGAAAUACUACUCUAGCUCUGAAGGUUCUGCUACUAAUGGCGUGAGUAGCGCUUCAAGUAGCUCAUCUUCAUCCAGCUCAAGUGACAGCUCUGGGAUCGGCAGCGGCGCGAUCGCAGGGAUCAUCGUCGGUGUGCUAUUCGCUCUGGUACUUGUCGGGUUACUCGUGUACAGGAGACGCCAGCGACGUCGUAGAGAGCAACAAACUCAUCGUACUCCGGAUUUUGGUCAGACGAAUGACCUACAAGACGUAGCGUAUGAAGCGCAGGCGAGCCCGGCAAAGCCUUACCGACAGACAACCAUCACCACGUCCUCAGACUUCGAUCGUCGUCAUUCCGCUAAACUGUGGGACGACGACGUCAUCGUUGCAGCUCGCAUCUCUCGCGAGAAGGUACAGGUGAAACAGCUCAUCAACCGUGGUGGAUAUGGAGAGGUGUACAUUGGCAGCUAUCAUGGCAAGGAUGUCGCCGUGAAGAUGCUGCUGCCAGAAACAAAGAAAACGAUGUCGCAAGUCAAUGCCUUCCUGUCUGAAGUGAAGUUAAUGGCAAGUCUUGAUCACCCUCGCAUCGUUUCAUUCAUUGGAGUGGCCUGGGAUCAACUCAUCGACAUUUGCGUUGUGUCCGAGUACAUGGCUGGAGGUGACCUGAAGGCUCUGCUGUCUGACUAUGAAAAGAAUGGCCACCCAGUUGGUUUCGACCACACCAAGGUCAAGAUCGCGCUUCAUGUUUCGAUUGCACUCACGUACUUGCACUCGUGUGCAUCGCCAGUGAUCCAUCGCGACUUGAAGUCGAAGAAUAUUCUGCUGGAUGAAGCGAUAAACGCUAAAGUUACAGACUUUGGCAUUUCUAGGGAACGUAUUGACGCGACGAUGACCGGAGGUAUUGGAACGUCUUUCUGGAUGGCGCCCGAGGUUAUGAUGGGCGAGAGAUAUGACGAUAAGGCAGACAUGUUCUCGUUCGGCGUGGUACUAUCAGAGCUUGAUUCCCACGUCAUGCCCUACGCUUUGUCCAAGAGCGCGAGCAGUACCGAAUCGUCUUCUUCCUCUAAGCCGAACAAACUGCCAAAUGCUGCGAUCCUGCAGAUGGUAGCGGCUGGCAGGCUGCGUGUUCACUUCUCCGAAGCAGGACCGCAGUCGAUGGUGGAUCUGGGACUUGCUUGUGUGUCGGUGGACCCGAGGAAGCGACCUACUGCAGCUGAAGCAUUGUAUAAGCUUCAGCAAAUCCUGGCAAAGGAGGUUUAGCAUGUAAACGAAAACUUUGCGUGACCGACGCAAUAUAAUCCAUUAUGAGUGUCAU